AUGGCGCUCCGCCUCGCGGCACGAGUCCAUCUCGCCUCCCGAUGGCGAGGUCUGCGUCACACGAGCACGCGACCGAUCCAUCCCCGCGCGACGGUGAUCGAUGACCCGGGUCCCGAGAACCCCGGGCUGGAUGCGGCGGGCCUCAACAUCAGACGGGGAGGGGUGGAAGGGCGGGAUCUACGCGAAACGUUGGCCAACGCGGGCAUGACGCCCGAGCAGGUGCGGGACGUGAUCUCUGCGCACCCACAGGUGGAUACGCGGUAUGACCUGGUGAAUGAGGUCCAACCUCGGAUAAACUACCUGAGGUUCCUGGAUGACAACGACAGGCUCGACGGGGAGAGCGUCUCGAGCUGCAUCGCCAGGCAACCGCAAUCGCUCGAGAGGGACUUCCACUUGGUGCACGAGGAUGCUGACUACGCAGUGGUGAACAAACCGUGGUGCGUGCGACUGGACACGCCGAGGGGCUGGCCGGGUAAGGUCCGCUUCACCCCAAAGUAUCCCGGCGACCUGAGCGUGGAGGACUGGCUGGAGCGACGGUACCCCGACUGGGACACGGUCCGUUUUUGUCACCAGCUGGACAACGCCACUUCGGGGGUGCUGGUAGCCGCGUCGAACAAACGCGCCGCGGGGGCCGCAGCGAAGCUGUUCAGAGAGAGAAGGGCGCGAAAGACCUACCUGGCGAUCGUAUUCGGGCACCCCGAGCAGGACGAGUGGACGGUGGAUGUCCCGAUGGGACGGGACCCUGAUGAUCCGAAGGGGUUCAGGGAGCGAGUGGACCCGGAGCACGGGAAGGCGUGCGAGACAAGGUUCAGGGUGCUGAAGCGGGGUAGGCUGAAUUUGAGGGGCAAAUUCGAGGGCGUGCCCGUGAGCAAGGUGGAGGUGACGCCGGUGACGGGCAGGAGGCACCAGAUUCGGUUGCACCUGCAGUUUAGCGGGCAUCCAAUCGUGGGGGACAACGCUUACAGCCAGGAUACCGAUUCUUUUCGGACGUUCCUCCACGCGCACAAGCUGACGCUGCCUUUCGACGAGCCGAGGGGUACGAUGCAGUUCGUGGCGCCGGAACCCGAGUCUUUCGCGGCAGCCAUGGAAUAG